GCAAUUCUUUGUACAAUAAAUAAUUUGACACGUAUAAACUAAGUUGAAGCUCCUCGUGCGAACGAACUAGUUCAUAAGUUCAGUUCCUGAUUGCUCAACUUCAACAUAAGAAAAACAAUUCAAUAAAACAGAGAAACAACAUGGACAAGCAACGAUUGCCGAUGCCGGAGAUAAUAAAUGAUGAUAAGCACCGGCAUAAACAGUUCAAUGGACAUUUUGACAGCAACCGAUUUCGACCGCCCAAAGUGAAAACUCGCUAUAUUGCAGUUGAGAAUAACAAUUUGAAUCGCAGUCAGUCAUUCGGAUCCUGCAGUGCAAACAACUCUCAAAUAGCGCACGCGAUUUCCUUUCGUGGCGGCUCAGAGUGCUCGGAUGCCGGUAUAUUACCAACAUCGCCAAGUGCUGCUGCGGCUAGUUCGUCUAUGUCCACGAUGUCCUGCAAUAUGAGCCACUUCGAGCAGUGUUUCGAACGACUGACAAAGCUGGGCGAAGGCUCCUUUGGUGAGGUGUUCCAGGUGCGAGAUCGUUCUGACAGCCGGCUGUAUGCGGUCAAAAUCUCCAAGCAAUUGUUUCGCGGCGAACAAUAUCGAGCUGAACGACUGGAGGAAGUACGGCGAUACGAGGAAUUCUCUGGCCAUGAAAACUGUAUUCGUUUCAUACGUGCCUGGGAGCAGUACGAUCGGUUAUUCAUGCAAAUGGAGCUGUGCCGCGAGAGCUUGGAACAGUAUUUAUAUCGCUGUCGACAUAUUCCAGAGGAUCGCAUCUGGCAUAUAUUACUCGAUUUGCUACGUGGCUUGAAGUCGCUGCACGACCGUAAUCUCAUACACUUGGACAUUAAACUGGAGAAUGUGCUGAUCGAUGAUGACGACACAUGCAAGCUGGCGGACUUUGGGCUGGUCAUCGAUGUGGACAAAGCGAAUAACCAUCAGGCAACAGAAGGUGAUUCGCGUUACAUGGCGCCUGAAAUACUGCAAGGUCACUUCUCCAAGGCUGCAGACAUCUUUAGUCUGGGGAUCGCAAUGCUGGAGCUGUCAUGCUACAUGGACUUGCCAUCCAAUGGACCGUUGUGGCAUGAGCUGCGCCAGGGCAAGCUGCCUGAAGAGUUCAUCAGCAAAAUCUCAGUGGAACUGCAGCAGGUUAUUAAAUGGAUGAUGUCGCCAGAUCCACGACAACGAGCAACGACGGAACAGCUUUUGGCGCAUCCUCGCCUUGCGCGAAUGCAAAAACAGGAAAAGUCCAUGGUCACAUUAAAACUGUUGUCGAAAUGUUUUCGCCGUUCGCGUCGUGCAUUUUGGUUAAAAAUGUGCAAUCUAAAGACAGCGGCGUAUCGUUGUUUAUUCUACUUAUUGGAAAUCUUGCAUCUGUACAAGCCCAUUACAUCUUCACAGACUCCGAUGUAUAAUGGCAACACAGCAACCGCUGCUCCCUCAUCACCAUCCACAUCGGUUGCCGGUGUGCCGCGCUUAGAGUUUCAGCUCGUGGGAUCAACGCCCAUUGGUAAUCGUGAUUGUUAUAUCUCCGAUUUUCUAUUAGCCAUGGAUAUGGAUUUAUCACAGCACGGCACACCGACAGCCUGUGAACGAGAGAACCUGGUGAAUUCGACGCCCAUAAAUCAUAAUCAUCUAACGGCCAACCGUCAAAGAAGCUCUUCCGCACGUAAGACUCAACCAGAGAAGAGCAACUUAUUGUCAGUAGAUGAAAACGGCUCAUUUGCCACGUCCCCAUCAAAAGUAUUAGAAACGUCUUCGUUUAGGGGCAAAAAACUAUUUACAGUAGAUGUUGAUGAGGAGUAAUUGGUCCUCAAGAUUGCAACGGAAUGAAUUUAUGGUUACUAAGCAUAUAUAUACAGUAUAUCAGUUACAACAAAAUGCAACCCAUACAUAUGUCAAAAAAUAUAUCGUUAUAUAUAUUUAGA